UGACUCUAGGAACUGGCAAUUUCAUUCUUGCUAGUUCAUACGUUCAACAUACUGAUUCACAAGUGUCACUGGCAAAUACUUUCGGCGACCUUGAAGUAUCCCCCCCAACUAAUGUUCUUGCUGAACGUGACCAAAAUGUUCUGGAAAAAGGAACAAAAAAAGUAUGGGCUAGUGAUCUUGAAAAAGAUCAAAAACAAAAAAAUAAAGAAUUUAUUGAAGGACUUCUUUCCGUUCACCCAGACACUAGUGAACCAAUAUUUUUACCAUUUAGAAUGUCAUGCUUUGUACCGACUAAUCUUGUUGUUGUCGCUGGUAUGUUAAUGUCAAAUCCUAGUAUGAAAAGCAUUAUAUUCUGGCAAUGGGUUAAUCAAAGUAUUAACGUUGCUAUAAAUUAUCCCUUAAAC